CGCGUGAGCUUUUCCCGAGCAGCAGCAGCGGCAGCAGUAAAGUGAGCUUUUCGUCGGAGCGAAAAUACCAUUCUCCACUACUGCUACUGCUACUAUCGUAUCGGGCGCUUGUACCACUACUGCCAUAUAGGUCGUGGGAGAACGUAUUUUACUACACCACCGUGUGCCACGCGUUUUCCUGCUUCGUACGAUCUGUUGUACAUAAAUAAUAUUCUACGUGUUUUGUGCGAACGAGUCUGUGUUGUGCUCGGUGACAGUCGCGCACACCUGCCCGAGAGAGAGAGAGAGAGAGAGAGAAACGAACGAGUCAAGCUCUAUAUCUAUAGUAGAUGGUAUACACGAGCUGAUCAGCUGACGCAGCAGUCGAAGAAACUAGUGCGUGCGGAGGCUAGCAUCCGACCAGUAUAUAUAGUGAAGUGCAGCCAGUGUGGGUGUAUACAAAUAGCUGCAGUGUGCGCACGAAGGAGAGAAAAAAAAAUAUAAAUAAAAGUGAUAGCGGUGUCCACGCGUUUAAUAGUGGGUGCGACGUUUAUUAAUAUAAUACACGAAAUUACCCUUGACCAACGAGUCAAGAAAUUAGCAAUUGUGUGUGUACGUGCAGUGAUACAAGUGUUUGCGCGUGUGUUUACUGUGCAGCCUUGAAAACACAGGCCAAUUCCAGCCCGAGUCCUCUCUGAUCAAAAAAAAAAAAAAGAAGGGAUAGAGACAGAGAGAUAGCCUGACUGGGCACACACUUACCGAAAAAAAAGGACUAAAAAGAAAAGCAAUGAUGCAUCGUCAGUGGUCGCGGGGCGAGAGCGUGGCGUCGUCGGGCUACGGCGGCACGAUCACGGCGACGGCCUCGCGCCAGGCGAGCUACGAGGUUGACGCGCAGGACUACGAGGACGAGCAGAUACUGGGCUCGAGGUGAAGCAUCGGCACGGCGACACAGGUCGUCGGGCCAUCGUCCGCGUCGCUGCUGCGCCAGCAGCAGUCCACGGCCUCCUCGUCGUCGCAUCACAACAACAACACCCCUUCCCGCAGCGGUACCCCCAAGCCGCAGAUCAAGAGCGUCGCCGAGAUGGUCGACCGGCCCAACUGCCACGACUGGACCCAUCAUCAUGACAAGUUCAAUAUAUCCAACACGGCCAUGUCCUGGGACUCGAUCAGCUCGAGGGAUUACAUCGGGCAUCAGCUGUCCGCCACUGCGCUGCUCGGCAGCCCGGACGGCUCGAGGCAUCCCCUCGACGUCUACGAGUUCUCCGAGGACGACUAUCGCCGACAGAUGGAGAACGGCUCGGACAACGGCACGGGCAGCUAUCACGGCCUCGGGCUCUGGGAGUGCCUCGUCGGCUGCCGCAACAGAUUCGACCAGCAGCUCGCCCGCAGAAAAGUGGAGCAGGGCCUGAAAUUGUAUCGGGCGCACAAGCAGCAGGCGGCGGUGCGCAAGUGGCGCGGCGCCCUCAACAACAUCGGCCGCCGCGAGGACAAGUUCGCCCUCCUCGGCUACCUCUAUCAGGCUUACAUGGAUUGGGGCAAGUACAGAGACAGCGUGGAGUUCAGCCAUCGGCAGCUGUGCAUCUCGGAGGAGCUCGACUCGCCCAACAUGCGCGCCGAGGCCUAUCUGAAUCUCGCCCGGGCGCACGAGCGCCUCGGCGCCCUCGACCGCGCCCUCGGCUUCGCCCGCCACAGCCUCUACAACGAGUGCGACCAGUGCGCCACAGCGGGCCACGUGCACCUCACCGUGGGCCGCGUCCAUCUCGAGCUCUCGGGCUUCUGCAAGGCCCUCGAGGCGUUUCAGCGGGCGCACAAGAUCGCCCACUCCAUACAGGAUCCGUCGCUCGAGCUUCAGGUCUACGUCGGCCUGUCGGAGCUGUUCUGCCGGCUGCAGGACGCCGACAAGAGCGCCAGAUACGCGGCGAGGGCCUACGACCUGUCCAGGAGUCUGCAGCUCGGCGAUCUCAACUCGCGGCAUCAUCGGGCGGCGCUGCUCCAGAUGGCCGCGUCGCUACGGAAAAAGGGCGAGCUCGGCGACGCCCACGACUACUGCUCGGAAGCGACACGCCUGUCCCUGGUGUCCGGCGACCAAGCGAGCUACGCCAGGAGCAUCCGAAUAAUGGGCGACAUUUACAGGCACAAAUCGGAAAUUAACAAAGCAUUCCGUCAGUACGAGAGCGCGAUGGGCUCGGCCGCGGCGACGGGCGAUCGCCUCUGCCAGAUGGAGGCGAUGGACGGGGCGGCUCGCUGCCUCGAGGCCCUACGGCUCCAGCACAAGAUCUGCAACUGCAAGCCCCUCGAGUUCAAUACACGGCUGCACGAGGUCGCCAGCUCGGUGGGCGCCAAGCUGCUGAUGCGCACCGUGCGCGGCCGCCUGUCGAGGAUCUACGGCUCGCUCGGCGACGAGGAGCAGAAGGCGCACUUCGAGCGGGCCGCCGCCUCGAUCGAGGAGGACCUCGAGCUGCGCUGCGGCGGCUGCGGCGAGCCCUUCGGCCUCGAGACGGACUCGCUCGAGGCGCUGCCCUGCUCCCACAUACUCCACGCGAGAUGCGCCUACGACAUCCUCAAGAAGCGCGACAAGAAGAAGAAGCGCCUCUGCCCGGACUGCCACAAAUCCGUCAGCUCGCGGCUCUAUCUGCACUGCGACGACGCGGGCGUGGGCACGAGCGGCGUCGGCGGCGGCCACGGCGACGUCGUCAAUCCGCUGCUGCACCAGAGCUCGCUGAGUCUGGCCUCGUUGCGCGCCAGCAGCCUGGCGACCCUCGAGGAUUGCCACGCGACGAGCAGCGUAUAACGGCAGGCCCUCGGCCCUCGAGGCGGCGGCGGCGGUGGUACGAGCAGCAGCAGCAGCAGCGAGCUCAAACGACAGCUGAGGCAGCAGCGACGCGCCAAGAGCUACGAGGCCGAGGACGACGACGACGACGACAUCAUAACCACGACUGUUUAAAAAGGAAGAGAGGACGAUUGAGUUGAUUAUGUGUAAUAUAUGAUUUUUGACAGCUGCGCCCUGCACAAUCUUAUAUAAUAUAAAUAAUGAUGUAUUGCAACGAUACAUGUGUCGUAUACGAGCUUGUUUACGUUGUUGUUUAUUGUUGUUGUGGAUUUUUUUAUUUUAUAACAAAUAUGUGUGUACAACUAAACGACGACUCAUAAAUACUAUAUCAAUAUUCAGAAGAAAAGAAAGAAUUCUAAAUAUAUGUGUGUGUAAGAUGACGAUAUAUCUGAUAAAACUAUUUUGCCAUCGGUUCCUAAUUAACACGUAUACAUAAAAUAAAUACUCAUUGCGUUACCGACGUUAGUCGUUCAAUGAUUUUUCUGCCUAAAUUUCUACGUAUCGUAAGGAUAAAAAUAAAAGCGCGUGUAGAUAAGUGCCAAUUUGACGGACGAGGGGAGAAAAUGAUUAAAUAAAUACAGGUCGAUCGCGCCAAAUUAGUCGAUUAAUUUUUGUUUUGUUUCGUUUUUCAGGGCAGUGAUGUGUACACGGAAUUCGGAUUCACAAUUAUAUAUAAUAAUCUUUCAAUGGAUAUAAAAAUGUACUAUUAAUGAUCGUUCCGAUGAAGUAUUAGUAAGAGCCUCGCCUAUAUAAUAAUAAUAAUAUUAAUAAUAAUAAAUACGAUAGAUUCACGUGCAUCAGAAAAGUCUCUCAGUGGGUACGAAAUUAUUUUUGUAUCAAUUAAUCGUCGGUGUGUAUACAUCGUGUAACGCACGCACUGCCCUGAAAACGUACCGAAUUUAUAUUAUAUGAUUUCGGCCGCGCGGAUAAAAGUGCAGAAGAGACGAACUAUGUGUCGAUGUUCCAUAAUUGAUAUUUAACUAAGAGAAAUCUACCUAACGAUUCGUCGGUUGCAAGUAGCUGACAAACAAUUCGCACGUAUUGAUGUAUGAAAAAAAAAGAUGAAGAAGAGAGUAUAUUAUAAAUAUUAUAAAUACGAACGAUAUAUAUAUUUAGAUGUAUAUAAAUAUUUUUUACACGUUCAAAUAAAAACGAGGGAGUAAAAAAAGGGUGCUGUGCGUAAAACGUUUUAUCGAUAAAAGAGGAAGGGGCGACGAUAAGGAGGAAUAUCUUAAUAUAAUAAAUUUAAAGAGAUGAAAAAAGAGUCAUACUCGAAAAUAACCCUUGACGAUGGUUACUAACAACGAAAAAUAAAUUAUACCUAUAUGCUUCCCUUUACGCGAGGUGAAAGAGAAUCCUUUUAAAUUUUCUUUUUCUUAUUUAGUUCCCGUCCGAGUUGUAUUUCAACCGAGCCCAUUCUGGAUUUUUCAUGUGUAAUUUUGCUCGAAAGUUAUGUAAACUUUUCAAUUUAUAAAAAAAAAAACUCCUCGUCAACGAGUUUGUGAUCGACUUCGUGCAUUUCCGAUGAUAAAUAUAAUAUAUUUCUCAGUCGUAAAAAAUCUUUUUCAAUUUUUAUUACUAACGUACGUUCGUAUAUGAAAAGGUCUCAAAAUAAUAGUCAAAACUUGAAUAAAAAAAAACUUCGUACUUGUUUUAAAAGCGAAUAAAUCGUAAUUUGUAUAUAUUUUACAAUAUACUGUUUUGCCUUGACGAGAGUUCAUAUAACAAAAAAGUACUAAAUAAUUGUCAGAAUUCAAAUGUAACGUCAUAUACGCAUAAUUAAUAAAACUGAUAUUCAAGAAAAAAAAUUAUAAGAUAUAGAUCAGAAAAAGUAUCUUAAAAAAAUUUCAAAAUAAAAUCCAAUAGUUCGACGUGAAUAACUAAAAAGUGGAUAAAUGUUUAAAAAAAAAGGCGUUCAAGUACGAGAUGAAAAAUAAACAAAUUAACUCAACUUAUAAUAUAAAAGUAAACGCAAGUAAAAAAAAUCGAGCACACCUUGUAGCGCGUAGUCGUUCGACACACACACACACAAUCCAACAAAGAUACCUAUAAGGGGCGAAGAAAAAACGCGUUAAUAGAAAUCCGAUUUGUAAGUAUAAAAAAAAAGUUAACCCAAAAACCUGCAAAAAAGUGUUUUAAAGAUUACGAAAAAAAAAUGUGUAAACGAGAAUGAACUUAUAAAUAUUACCUCGUAAGUCGUCGAAAAAAAAGUUGUUAAGUAGGUUUAAAAUCAAUAGCCAAAAACCGCUGCGUAAUGAUAACCAAAAACGAAAUGCGUUUUGUAAAUCGGUAUUCGGGGCGCUGCAUCCAAGAAAGUAUAAAGAUUAUGUGCAUGCAGAGCGAGAGAAAAUGUGCUUAUGAAAUCGUGCGGUUAUAUUAUAAAUAUAGUGUCGAAACAAAAAUCUCAAGAUUAUCGUCUGAAUGAUUUUUUUCGUUGGUCAUAAUUUUGCAGGUUCAACUCCACAAUUACCCUAAAUAUAUUAUACAAAAAUUAUAAUAAUACGAGAUUUAUUAUAUCGAGCGUUGUUGUGUAUGGAAUUUGGCGAAAAAUAAAGAUUAUUUUAGGAAAGUAAAGAAUAAAAAAAACACGACUCUC